GAUGAGGUCUGCUUGGAGGUAUGAAAGCAGCCUUUGCCACGCUCGAGAAGCAGUCGGGCUCGUCGACGCUCUCUGCUCUGGCUGAGGGUGCUCUGGGCUGGCAGGAUGAGGCUGGGGACCUUUGGGAUCUUGUUAAUGCUCAUCCAGGAGUCAGCAGCCUGUGAGUUUGGGCCCUUCCCUUACAGCGGCACAGGGAUCGUCUGCAGGAUGACCAAGCCCGCGGCAUUGCUCUUGAACCAGGAAACAGCACAGGUCAUUCAGACAGCAUUCAGAAACGCCAAAUUCCCAAAUAUCACCGGGGAAAGGUCCAUGCGGCUCCUUGGCAAGGUGGCUUACAAGCUGACUGACAUCCAGGUCGAUGACUUGUCCAUAGAGCAGAGUGAGGUGGAGCUCAAGGAGAACGAUGCCAUUCACAUCGCCAUUAAAAACGUGACGGCCUUCUUCAAAGGGACCCUGACCUAUGGCUAUGCCGGGGCCUGGUUUUUGCAGCUUUUUCAUUCUGUUGAUUUUGAAAUCGAGGCUUCCAUUGACCUCCAGAUAAACAUUAAACUGAUGUGCCAGAAGGACCAAGUGGCUGCCGAUGCCUCAGACUGCUACCUGACUUUCCACAAACUGACGCUUCACCUCCAAGGAGACAAGGAGCCGGGCUGGCUGAAACAGCUCUUCACAGACUUCAUCUCCUUCACUUUGAAGUUUGUUCUCAAGAAUGAGGUGUGCAAUGAAAUAAAUUUUCUUGCCCAGGUGAUGGCAAAUUUUGUACAUGAUUUAGCAGCAAAUUUUGUCCAGGAUGAGACUAUCAGACUUGACAUCUCCCUUGCAUCAGUGCCUUUAAUAAAAGCAAAUUACCUAGAAUCUCAUCACAAGGGCCUUGUCAUGUACAAGAACUACUCUGAUGUCUUCAGUGACUCUGUUUUCUCCCCAUCGCUGCUGACUGAGUCCCGAAUGAUCUACUUCUGGCUGUCUGAACACAUCCUCAACUCUCUGGCCUCGGCAGCUUUCUUAGAUAAGCGCCUGGUGUUGACCCUAAGAGGGGAGAAGUUGCAGGAGCUGUUUGAAAUGGAAGACACAGAAACACAGAGGAAGGCGGUGCAGAUGAUUUUUCAAGGCACCUCCUAUAAUGACUCUGUGGCCAAGGUGUGGAGUCUUGUCCAUCCACAAAUCUCUCUUCAGCCUGAAGGGACAAUCGUGAAGUCCUUGGUAGCAGUGGAACUCAGCAUCUUUCCUCCGGGAGAGGAGUCCCUGACGGUUCUCUACAUGGAAACGGAAAUCACGGUCACCAUCCAAGCUGCCUAUGAGGAAAAGAAACUCAUUUUGCACCCUUUGAACUCCAGGAUCGAGUUUAAAGUCUUUGAAUGUGCAGCUGAUCCAAGUGGGAAUGACACAUCCAUAAGAAACUUCCUGCAGGCAGUGAUUUCAGUUGUUGGGAUCCCAGAAGUCAUUUCAAGGAUCGAACCAGCUUUGACUUCACUGAUGAACAGCAAAGGGCUUCAUCUAUUUGAUAUCAAAAAUCCUGAGAUCAUCACAAGAAAGGGAUAUGCAAUUGUACAACUUGACUUUAGCUUCCCAAAUCAUUUGCUUCUUGAUUUUCUUCAGAAAAGAUUAUAGAACUUGCCUACAAACAGAAAGAUUGUUUAUGAAACACCUCAAAGAUGAGCUGAUUUAAAUCAGCUUUGGUUUAUUUUUAUUUUCCUGAGAAAUGCUCCAGUUUCCGUGCAAUUAUGCUUCCACAGAGUCUUUCCUCUACAAAGAUCUCAAAGUCUACAUCUCUAUGCAUGCUACUUUUUCAGGGUCUUUAAAGGACUUGUGUGUUUAGGAGUAAGGGCUGGACACUUGAGGUGCGUGGGUUAGCAUUCCUGGGAGGUAGCAGAAAUGGGCUUUGCUUACCUUUUGGCAUCUCUUGUUACAUUUUGGAAAUGUAGCACUUUUUGUGCUGAUCCUGGGUUUUUGUUUCUACCAUGAGCCAAGAAGAUCCUGAUUUUGACAGACUUCAGCAACUCAAAUGACAUUACCAAACUCCAAGUAAGCUCAGAACCAGUUAAGCUAAAAGACCUGCGUAUGGCUGAAGAAAGUAAAUGGGAUGUGAAUUUACAGUGCAGUGAAAUGAUGGUGAGAUCUCAUGCCCUGGGUCCUUUACACAUUCUGCAGACUCUAUGUAGGGAAGUUGUUAUGCCCAGGUUGUUUAGACAGUGGGAGCAAACUUGAGACAAGCAAUCAAAAUAAUAAGGAAGCCAAAGAGAUUAUAAGAGAAAGUGUGUCUAGUCAGACAGCAGGUUCCUGUUCCUUCCUACUACAAUACAAUAACUUAUCUGAAGUGGUUCAGUUAUUUUCCUGUACCAAUACAUGCUUCCCUUUUUUAAAUUUGUUUUUUCACUUGCAUGAGAUCUUGGGCAACAAAUCUAAUAUUGUAAUGGUGAUACCGUUAACAAAGGCAAAGGAUGAUGUUCUCAUCCCAUACAAAGUGAUUUUAAAGUUGGGGCUUCCACAGAGAGCCCUGUGAGGUUGGUAGCAGGAUGGACCCACCUCCUUGGGCUCCCUGGGCAUGGUGGUAGCUCCCUCCCCAUUGCCACAGAUGUUCCCCUCACUACCCAAGGCCACCGAGCUCCCUCAGACCUUCCUGGCUCCACACAACUGCUCGGUUUAACACCUUUUCAGUGGCCAUCAGGCCAAGGCUGGUAGAGAAGGUCAGGGCACAGUGAGUGGGCUGACUUUAGGGGCUGCUCCAUGGUUGGUCCUCAACCAGCUGUGCUUAUGACACAGCAGGAACCAAGUGGCAUGAAAGGUGUGACACCAUUGUGUGGCCUUGAAUAACCCUUAGUGUAGUGGGUGACUUCCUACUUCCCACCUUGUUUCGAUCGCUGCCUCUGACAGCCUGUCCCUGUUCCCUCCUGCUCUAAAAGCCACCAAUGCUGAGGUGACAUUUUCUCUCCCUGUGUGGCAAUGUCUGCUGAAGACCAUGGGACCUCCUUCUGCCAAGCCCAGGGCCCUUUGGUCCUCCUGAAUGUCAUCCCACUAGAGCAAUGAGCAUUAAUAAAAAAAGAAAUAGCAUAACAAAA